AAGAGGCCUGGGGGUUUCUCUUGCAGCACCCUGGACUGAAUGGGUUAAGGAGUAGGUUGGAUGGCUCUGGCUGGGAGCCCUGAACACAGGGCACGGGUGGGCCUGGGGUCUUCACCUAAAAAGAUUGCUACCGCCAUCAGUCACCGCCAGCUCCUUCAUUCCCCCGCUCUCCCUCCUGAACCCCAGUCUCCCAUUUCAGGACUUCUCCAGACUUUUAGUUUCAAUGACCUGACCAGUCGGACCUCGCUAGCUCGGUUUGAUUCGGCCAGGUUCGGUUGCUAAGGCCUACAGCAUCCCGGUUGCGGGGGGGGGGGGGGGGGAUGAUGUCACGUCCAAAAGGCGGGCUCACCAGGUCUCUCCCUCCGCCGGAUUGGUUGCCAGGAAUUUUAUUAGAUUCGCAGCCUCGCGGGCUCAGGGUUAGCUGUUAUUGUCCCCAGAUGCCCCUGGCCCACGGCCGUCUUCUCCCCGUGGAGCAAGACUCUGAGGACAGUACUCAGGAAGCACUUAGCUUCGGAAGGAGAGGUGAUCCGAAUGAUCCGGAUAUUGCCACCAGGCUAGGCGUUUCGGCUGCCCAGGUGCUGACCUGAAACUGAUCCACCCCUUUCUGACCAAAACUGUUCACCCACGGUGGAUUCACCCACGGUGGAAGGGACCAGGCAGCCAAAUGGAGAUGCCACCAGUCAAUCCAGUGGGAGAGAAGGACACCUCUCAACCGCAACAACAAUGGGAAAAGAACCCCCAGGAGAACCUUGAUUCAACUACCCAGAUCAAGCAGCAGUCCCCAGACCCUCCUACUGAAAUCCUUGAGCUGAGAGUGAGCCCAAAUCAAGCCAGCCAAAUUCUAGAGAAUUCUCAAGGAACUGAAAAACUGGCCGCUGGACUUCAAGGAAACUCUGCCAAGUCUCGUGGAUCAACCAAUGAGAUGCCAGAGCCCCUUCAAGCUUCUGAUCUCUGGUACUGUCCGGAUGGGAGCUUUGUUAAGAAGAUCAUAAUCCGUGGCCAUGGCUUGGACAAACCCAAGCUGGGCUCCUGCUGCCGGGUACUGGCGUUUGGGUUUCCUUUUGGGUCAGGCCUGCCAGAGGGAUGGACAGAGCUAACUAUGGGGUUAGGCCCAUGGAGGGAGGGGACUUGGGGGGAACUCAUAGAGAAAUGCUUGGAGUCCAUGUGUCAAGGUGAGGAGGCAGAGCUUCAGCUCUCUGAACACUCUGGACCUCCUUUCAGGCUCACACUGGCCUCCUUCACUCAGGGCAGGGACUCCUGGGAGCUGGAGGCCAGUGAGAAGGAGGCCUUGGCCAGGGAAGAACGUGCAAGGGGCACAGAAUUAUUUCGAGCUGGGAACCCUGAAGGGGCUGCCAGAUGCUAUGGACGGGCUCUUCGGCUGCUGCUGACUUUACCCCCACCCGGCCCUCCAGAACGAACUGUUCUUCAUGCCAAUCUGGCUGCCUGUCAGUUGCUGUUAGGGCAGCCUCAGUUGGCAGCCCAGAGCUGUGACCGAGUGCUGGAGCGGGAACCUGGCCAUUUAAAGGCCUUGUACCGAAGGGGGGUUGCCCAGGCUGCCCUUGGGAACCUUGAAAAAGCAACUGCUGACCUCAGGAAGGUGCUGGCGGUAGACCCCAAAAACCGGGCAGCCCAGGAAGAGCUGGGAAAGGUGAUCAUUCAGGGGAAGAAACAAGAUGCAGGGCUGGCUCAGGGUCUGCGCAAGAUGUUUGGCUGAUUAAAAGUUAAAUCUUAAAAGAGA